UGCGACGGCGCGGGGAUCGGGAAUGCCGACCUGGGGCUGCACCCCACGGAGUGCUGUUCAGACGAGAGCUGUGAGGCGGAGCCCGUUGCGGACAUGUGUGUGGACUCGGGGUGUGGCGAAACAGGCCAUCACGACAACAGCCUCUGUGAGUGGCAGCGGCCGCGGCUCACGAUUUUCGAGGACUUGAUCCAGAACGUGCAUCGGAACCUUGAGCAGCCGGGCGGGGUGGUGGGAGACACGGUGGGGGAGGUGCCAUUCAAGGCCAUUGACGGCCUGCAGUUCCACAUCCACUUUCCCCACCACUGCCACCAGGACCCGCCCAGAAACCCCGGCGAAGGGGCGCCGGUGGGCCCCGGCUUCCACCUGCAUGCUGAUGGGGACCACUCCAUGCACCAGUCGUGUUUCCAUGCACGGCUCCCGCUCCCCAACCACAAGGGCCAGCCAGGACCCACGUACGGACAGCAGCAGGCCCAGCUCCAGCAGGACUACGACUUCUUUGUGCAGUUCAACAACUUCCGGCAGCUCUUCCCGGAGCCCGGCUUGAAGAUGGCGGACCUCGAGCUGCCGGCCGGGCUGAAGGAGGCGCUGCAUGUGGAUACAGUCCGCCCGCCCCACACGUUUCUGUGCCAGUGGGAAAACUGCCUUCAGCCGGUGGACAACGAGUCGCUUAUGGACCACGUGCUCGGCACGCACUUGGCGCAGGAGCUGCUUGGACCCGGGGCCCCGGCGCCGGGCAAGUUGGAGUGCGAGUGGGAUGACUGUGGGUUCAUGGACGGCGACGUGCAGCUGUUCUUGGACCAUCUCAACAGCCACAAAUCGGGCGGGGCCAUGGAGCACGGCUGCGUGGAAACACUCCAUGGAAACGUCGCCUGCACCCACAAGCACCCCGUGCACAAGCUGGAUGGUGGCCGCCUCGGCCCGCAAAACAGCCACGCCCUCCGCAUCCUGGACAUGCGCAUCUCGCCCAAACGCGUCGUGGCCCCCGAGCCCUCGGACCCGCUGCACACGUGCAAGUGGCAGACCGGUACGUCCGCCGCCGGCGAGCCAAUCUUGUGCAACCGCACGCAUGCGUCCGCCGGCGCCCUCCAGGACCACUUGAAGGAUGACCACAUCGGCCGCGGCAAGCUGAUCUACCACUGCUGCUGGCACGGCUGCGAGCGCAAUAACGGUAAGCCGUUCACGCAGCGCCAGAAGAUCUUCCGCCACAUCCACGUGCACACGGGCCACCGGCCCUGCGUGUGCGCCACCUGCGGCGCCAGUUUCGCCGUGCCGUCGUUGCUCAAGCUGCACCAGCGCAUCCACCUGGGCGAGAAGCCGUAUGCCUGCGCCACCUGCGGCCGCUGCUUCGCCACCCGCUCGUCGCGGGCCAUCCACAUGCGCAUCCACUCGGACUCCCGCCCGCUCGUGUGCACGUGGCCGGGCUGUGGCAAGCGGUUCCGCGAGAGCACCAACCUCACCAAGCACAUGCGCACGCAUACCCGGACCUUCACGUGCGAGCAGUGUGGCAAGGACUUCGACACACGCCGCGGCUUGACGCGCCACAUGAAGAGCCAC